AUGAGUGGCACAUACCGAACGCCGUCUCCGAUGAGGGGUGUGGAUCACAGGCCCGGCAAGUCAAUGGCUGCUUCGUCAGACUUCCUUACUUUGACUAACAGCCCCUCCAUGUCGCCCAUGACCGGUCUUUCGGAACCGUCUACACCUACCAGGAAACGCCUCCAAAUUGGUUGGCAUGGACUACUAUCUCCGCAGACGCCGACCGUCACAGAUCCAAGAUGUGCAUCGAACGACACGGUUGAGGCGGGCAACACCAAGACUGCGCAGGACAUCAGCAAUGAGACGCAAGCAUCGAACGCUGUCCUCAUGUCGGGCAGCACCCAACAAAAGAUCGUGCCAAUUCCUGCCCCUCAACUCGCUAUCGUGCCUCCCAAGAAAAAGGUAAAGGCCUCCGCGACACUUACAGAUGCAAUUGCAUCUACAUCCGCAUCUACACUGGCGAUUGUGUCUGCGCCAUCGCUCACGUUCUCCGAUGCCACCGCAUCCCCGUUCAAUGUCGCACUGUCUCCGUCCGACGUUCUUCUUGAGUUGCACUCAUCCGAGUGGCAGCUACAGUAUCCGCCUGGGGGGAGCACUCACCCGUCAUAUCCUUGGCCGAUGAUGGAUCCUCGCCUGGUGUUCAAGUCACACUUCGUUCCAAUUAAUGACGGCUUACCCGAUAUAUCGCAAGCACCAGCUUUGUUCCUUCCGAUCGGCUGGAAACACGUAUCCUGGUCUGGCCUGCUUCCAGUGGUUUUCGAUCCUUAUCGGCAGGGAUUCAAGCUGACGCCUGUUGGCCCAAUGCCGUUGACGUGUGAGGAGCUACAGCAGGGUGGCUUGUAUCGAUAUGUUCCCGGUGGCGACCUACACCCAGAGUUUGGACUACUUCCUGAGCUCUCAGCCAUCAGCGACGGCUCUGACGCUGAAUUCAUCAACUUCGAAGGAAUGGAUUGGGAAUUACCAUGGUCUGCACAGGAUUUGACAUUGGCUUUGCAGGCUGAUUUCGAGCAUGCGGCGUCCAGUCUCAAACACAACGACUCCGCUUCGCCCGUAUAUGUAUCGCCACCUACUACCUCAUGGGUCGAAGCGCGCGAUUGUCCUGAUAACAUCAUCGACAUCGAAGAUGCGUGGCGAUGGCUGAUGGAGAAAGAACAGAAGUCCGACAAGGUCUUUACUCCCUCGCCAGGCAAGACUUGGUGGGGUUCCGGUGUUGGGAUUACCUCUCGUCUACAGAAAGCACCCAUCCCUAGUCUCAUGUCUAGUACGCUGGCGAAUAUCAUGGAGGAUCCGAUUGGAUACCUGGGGAAGCAGAAUGGCCGUGAAUUCUGCCCAUUCAAGAGCGUCGCGACUCCUGUCCAUGUCGACAUCACGUUGCUAAGAGACACCGAAUUCACACUCAUGGAAUUUCUCUGCUAUUUUCCAAGCCACUUUGCGUGGCGCAAAGGCGCGGAUCGACUCGCCAACUCUGGCAUGACUGCACUUAAUGUUGUGAGUACUUUGGACAUGACCCGAGGCCUACCAGGCGACGGAACCCCCUCAAAGACUACUAUCGACAAGUACAUGUGGUCAGAACCCGAGACUCCAGAGAGCAAGAAGAGGGUUAAGAUUGUGCGUUCAGGGACCGAGAUGACGACCUAUACAGCUGAGGACUGGGCAUACACCACAUGGGAGACAUCUGACUAUCCCCUGCUUGGCCUCGCACACGGUCUGCUUGAACUCCCAACUGGGGUGGACGCUGGACCCAUCACUGCGUUGAUUCACUGGUGCCGCAGCAACGGACGUUAUACUGCUAUGUUGAGCGACGUGCCUAGUCUUCUCCAGGAAGCGAACAUCGAGCCGCUCAUUGAACCUGGUGAUACUGGUUGUCCCGACAAGGAUGUCGUCGUGCGACUUGCGGAGCCGCUGAAGGAAGAUCGGAGGCGAGUCCUGAGAAGUAUGGCCGAGAAGAAACGUCAGCUGGAGGACGGCGAAGGAAAGAAGAGUAGGAAGAGGAAGUUUGAGUAG